AAACUGCUGGUUCCGAAAAAGUCGCAAACCGCAGACAAUUAAUAUUGCGGUAUUGAGUUUCGCAGGGGCCCUCACUCUCAGCAAAAUUACUUUAAAGCCCACUAUCAGAUCCAGUACUGUUCAGUUAGUAGGAAACAUAAUUAUAAGCUAUAAAGGGGACAGGUAUGAGUCAAUUCGAUGAAUUAAUAAAUCCAAAGGUACCUGGAGCUCCUAAGUCCACCAAGAAAGACUUACCAAACCCUCCAGGCUUUGCAUAUGAGGCUAAAGGCACGAACAACUCCAAGAGUAAGAAGUCAACUGUGAGUUCUACUGUUAAUGAAGAAGAAAGACUUGAAGAAUUGAAAGAAAAGAAGGCUUGGGAAGUUGCUAUAGGACCAGCCAAAUCAAUACCUAUGAAUGCUAUAAUGAGUUAUAUGACAGGGAAUUCUUUACAGAUCAUUCCUGUAACUAUGACAUUAAUGUUAUUAUGGAAUCCAUUAAAGGCUAUAUUUAAUGAAACUAACCCUAAUUUUAUAAAUUUAACUACAAAAAAGAAUGGUACAACAAUAUUACUUGCCAAGGCAGUAUUUAUAUUAUUUCAAAUAUUGAAUAUGUCCAUUGGUAUUUAUAAAUUAUAUAAGAUGGGUCUUAUACCUCAUACUGAAGCUGAUUGGAUAGCUUGGAAAGAAAUAAAGGAUAUAAAGGAAAGAUUAUCGUCUUAAUCUUAAUCUUAUUAUUAAUAUUAAUAC